AUGAGAUCAGCUAUUUCUUUACGUGGCGGGCAGUCAGCGCCUCCAGAAAUGUCCGUCCAUUUGCCCCUCCAUUUGGCUCUUCUCCUCGUACCUUAUUUGGAUCCCUCCGAUGUGGCUCGUGCUCGGCGAGUAUGUAAAUCCUGGUAUCCGGUAUUCUCAUCAAGCACCCUUGCUCAAGCAACACUCCGAGUUCACUAUCCACUCUGUCGCGAAAUCCGUACACCCUCACGCUCCAUUGAUUCGUCAGUCCUUAACCAUGUUGGAAAGCGUUAUGCUGCUCUCAAGUCCGGACUUCCUCAGCAAGAGCUUCGCAUCCCAAUCACAAAAACCCGCAGAAAUGGUUGCAUCUGGACAUUUUCUGAGAACCUCAUUGUAGCCCAAACCCGCCAUCAUCCAACCAUCCAACUAGCACUGGUUUACCUAGACACUUCCGGAGACACAAGACACAUACGCAAUGGGAGGGUGAUGAUAAGUGCUAAAGGGGAGACUUCGGUUGCUGUCAAGGUUUGCCGAGACGUUCUGGCAGUUGAAAGAUCUGAGGAGCGAGUAACAAACCCCGGCCGCUCCGAUUGGGUUGCCGUUGUCAACUUUUUCAGGCUCUCGCUCGAAGGAGAGGACGCAAUCGUAGCCACAGAUAUAUCCACCAUCAGCACCUUCGAAUUUACAUACAUUGAUUACUCCCACCAAAUCAGGAGUGAUCAUUCCGGAAAAUAUUACGCUGCAUACUCGAGAGCAGAAGCCUCCCGCAGUGGUGGCAUGCUUUGUGUUUGGGAUAUCGAGACGGGUAGAAUGGUUCGGCGUGUCCCGGCUGCCUCCCUAACCGGAAUAGUCAUGAUUACAGACGUGGUUGUCGCUGCGAAGCAUGGAUCUGAGGGCCAACAACACGUGGUAGUUGCUGGAAAUGAUAAACGUAACAACAAUGCAAACCGCUGGGGAAGAUUCCCAGGGGAGUGGGGCUAUCUCUUCAGCUUCAAAACCUUCACCAUUGAGGAUGAUUCCAAGGAAAUGGAGUGGAGCGGGUUUGUUGGAAGAACCAAAGCAGCAGCCCCCCGUGAAUCGAACAUUCUAGCCACUACUUUCAAGGUACCCCGCUUCCCUCAUGCCAUCUCGCCAGUAGACGCUUUUGACACACCCGGAUAUGAGGCCGAAGACGUCGGACUUGCUCUCUGGGAACUAAGGGACCGCUCAGGACAAGCAACUUCUUACUACUACAAAUUAUCCCCCGAUGCCCAUCCGAAGUCCACCACAGAUGCCUCGCUAACCGCAGACUUGGAAUACCGACUGCCGGAAGGAGCCUCCGCCUCUGGCCUUCCUGCGCCUUUUACAGUUAAAGGCCGGACUGGCCUAUCAUUCGCCAUGGAUUUCACCGGUCGCAAUGAGGACUUUGAAGGUACCCGUCUGAUGCUCUAUCAGCUCCGUAUACAAGGCUUCUAUCCAUCAGAUAUACCGGGCGUUAUGGAGCGGGAUUGGGAGUCGUGCCUGAAAAUCGGUGGUGCCACUCGGCAGGCGAGAGAGCUUUACUCGCCGAACAGAAAUGUCUCGUACACUAAUAUGCUGCCCGCGAUGGAGGUUGUUGAGGACGAGAUGGCAAUCGCUUUCCUUGAGUUGACGCAGGAUGGGAUGGACCUUGUUGUUGCGAUUUGGGACGAGCCCUAUGAAGGGGAGGUUUUAGGCGGGACUGUACUGUGAUACCAAAGGUUUCAAUAUUGAAUAUACUCAAGGACAUGGUUCGAGUCCCGUAGAUGAUCUCUAUAAAAAUAUAUAACAUGAAUAAUCACUCGUAAA